AUGUGGGGGGAAAUGCUGGAUUACUUCUACGCCACUGAUCGCAAGCCCCGAAUUCAGCUAGUCCAUUGUGUUUUCGACAAAAUUUUGUUGGUCAUAGGUUCGUCGCCGCUUGCUGUGGGUUGCAUUCUUGGUUUUGUUUUUUGGACAAUUACGGCUAUCGCUGCGUUUCCUCUUUUCCUAGCAGUCGCGGGUAUGAUGCGCGUCUCAGACGCUAUUGCUCUUUCUUUGGAAAAUGUCUAUCACAUAAUCAAACGUUGGACUUCAAGAAUCUGGCGCAGGAUUUUGGGCAAUCGCAAAGGUUUAACAACAGAUCUACUACCUACAACCAAUACUCCAGUCGUCAAUCAUAUUCCAAAACAAUCUCAAGUAUCUAGUUUGGCCUCGAGUAUCUCCACCGAAACUAAGAACGACGAAAGAAACUUCGCACUUCACAGUAAUCCUGUGAUAACAACGAAUUACAUCCCCUCUGGUCCAGUCCCGAUAUUUCCUUCUCCAUGCGCUGAAAUCAGAGGCCGAUCUAGAGAGACAGAUUCGCACGUUACGGUCUUUCCCCCUCCUCCGUAUAGCUGA